UGACAAUCUGUGGGGUCUGGCAACACAGAAACAGGGGUUCGAUGCAAGACUAGACAAACAUAUCCAUAGCAAAAAUCACUCACCCAGACACUGUAGAAUGGAUUUCUUAAUCUCUGGCUCGCUUGACACAGUCUCCAUGGCCCACUCAUCAAAAGCCUCCUCGCAUCUGGGAGUGGGACUGAACUUCGCUCGUUUGAUUGGUCCAUAUUGUUCAUCAGCGCAUAAGAUUGGGCUUCCAUUUACGACUUCUGUUGGGAGAUCAGUCGGGAGAUGUCGUAUAUUUGCUGUAUUGGUGACAGUUGCCAACCCUUUCCUGAAUUUCAUCAUCUUGCAGGAGGAGUGCUAAAAAA